AACAAAUGCUUGGAUAAGAAAUUAUUUUAGUAAUUCUAAUUGAAAAUUAAAAAGCAUAUACCUUGCGUUAUACCGUUCGAAUUCGUAUUCUUUCGAUAUUUUGUAAGCCAUUUAAAUUUAUCUGCAGCGGCUUAUGCAAUAAUGAAGGAGCUCUCUGUGAUUGCGGUGGUGCUGCAAGUGAUUGCAUACUACCCCAAAGCAUUAUUCCUUUUCGCCCCCUUUCACUUCGUGUUCGAGAGUGUUUGGAGCGCGUAUGGAAAGGUGGUUGCCUACUGGGGCGUGUGGUUUGUGUGUUAUGAAUUGAUCGGGACUCUAGGGGGAGAGCUAGUAUGUCCCUCUGCCGCAGAGACAAGCGCCAUCGACAAACCAGCCUACAUAAUCUCGGGCCAGCUGUUCUCCAUUGUUGCCGGUGUUCUCUCAAUCGUGGCUGUCAUCCUCACUAUCAUCUAUAUCGGUGACGUCAUCCCCAAGAGGAAGGUCAAUCGCAUUGUGGCCCUCGUGGGGGCUGGAGUCCAGAUUGGACAGGCCAUUGUCCUGGUCAUCAGUGUGCCACCGAUGGCAGCCGGGGCUGCUAGUGAUACGCCCAGCAACCAGAGGUACAUGUAG